CAAACCCAACAACACCCGAGUUGGCCGACAGGUGACAGCGAUAGUGGGCAGCAUGCAGGUCGCGAGAACAGUGCGUCUCAGUGGGGGUGGCGCGCCGGUGGCGCGGCCUCCGCCCUCGCGCCGGCAAUGCCGCGUGUCCGCGGCGGUGCUGACGGCCGCGCCGGUGACGACGACGACGGCGCGGCGCCGGGUGACGCACUCGAUGCCGCCGGAGAAGGCGGAGGUGUUUCGGUCGCUGGAGGGGUGGGCGGCGACGUCGCUGCUGCCGCUGCUCAAGCCCGUGGAGGAGUGCUGGCAGCCGACGGAUUUCUUGCCGGACUCGUCGUCGGAGAUGUUCGAGGACCAGGUGCGCGAGCUGCGGGCGCGCGCGGCGGGGCUGCCCGACGAGUACUUCGUCGUGCUGGUGGGGGACAUGAUCACGGAGGAGGCGCUGCCGACGUACCAGACCAUGAUCAACACGCUCGACGGCGUCCGCGACGAGACCGGCGCCAGCGCCUGCCCCUGGGCCGUCUGGACGCGCACCUGGACCGCCGAGGAGAACCGCCACGGCGACAUCCUCGGCAAGUACAUGUACCUCUCCGGCCGCGUCGACAUGCGCAUGGUCGAGAAGACUGUCCAGUACCUCAUCGGCUCCGGCAUGGACCCAGGGACGGAGAACAACCCGUACCUGGGGUUCGUGUACACGAGCUUCCAGGAGCGCGCCACGGCCGUGUCGCACGGCAACACGGCGCGCCUCGCCAAGGUGCACGGUGACGACGUCCUGGCGCGCACCUGCGGCACCAUCGCCGCCGACGAGAAGCGUCACGAGACGGCGUACGGGCGCAUCGUGGAGCAGCUGCUGCACCUCGACCCGGACGGCGCCAUGCUCGCCAUCGCCGACAUGAUGCACAAGCGGAUCACCAUGCCCGCGCACCUCAUGCACGACGGCCGCGACCUAAACCUGUUCGACCAUUUCGCCGCCGUUGCUCAGCGCCUCGGGGUCUACACCGCGCGCGACUACGCCGACAUCGUCGAGUUCCUCGUCAAGCGGUGGAAGCUGGAGACCCUGGAGGGCGGGCUCUCCGGCGAGGGCCGGAGGGCCCGGGACUUCGUGUGCGGGCUCGCGCAGAGGAUGCGGCGGGCCGCGGAGCGGGCUGAGGACAGGGCCAAGAAGGAUGAGCAGAGGAAGGUCAAGUUCAGCUGGAUCUUUGAUAGGGAAGUGAUUGUCUAGGCAACUUGUCUUGGGGUUGACUUCUGAAUUUUGAGCCUCAGGCGACAUGCCAUUUUCGUUAUCAUCUCUGUUCUUGUGCUCUCUUUGCAACGCAGUAAAUUGGUAAUGGUUAUGGUGCCUUUGAUCUUGGAAA